ACCCGGUGAUGUCAUUCUGCGGCUGCGCACUGGCUCCGCCGCCUUUGUCCCGGCCGCUGUCCGUGGUCUGGAGCCGCUGCUCCUGUCCCGGAGAGUCCCGGGCUGACCCGGUCCCGUCCCGACCCGGUCCCGUCCCCGUCCCCGUCCCAUACCGGAGUGUCCCGGUCCUGAUCAGGUACUAACCCGGUUCUGUCCCGGUCUGAACCCGGUACCAUCCAGUCCUGCUCCUGACUCGGUUCUAACUUGGUCCUGUCCCGGUCCUGUCCCGGUACUAACUGGGUCCUGACCUACUAACCUGGUGCUGUCCCGGUCCUAACUAGGUCCUGUCCCGGUCCGGAGCCGCUCCCGUCCCGUCCCGUGCUGAGCCGCCCCCGUCCUGGUCCAGAGCCGGUCCUGACCCGGUCCAGAGCCGGACAGGCUGGGCACUGCCCCGCUCCCCCGGACUAUGCUGAGCCAGGGCCGGCGGAAGAAGUUGGCGAGUGCGCCGGGCCCGGACUGCGGCUCGGCGCAGGACCUGCGGGAGGCUCUGUCCGCCCUGCGCAGCGACCAGACCGAGGAGGAGAAGCGCACCCACUUGGCCUACAUCCACCACCUGGUGAAGGAGGCUUGGCUGCUGCCGGCCCGGGGCAGGGAGGUGGCCUCGGCCAUGUGCCGGGAGAUCCGGCUGCAGGGCACCCUGGAGCUGCUGGUGGCGAUGAUGCAGGCUCGGGGCACCGACACCCGGUACGAGGCGGGCAAACUGCUGGAGCAGGUGCUGAUCACGGAGAACAGGGACCGGCUGGCACGCACCGGUCUGCCGGCUAUCCUGCAGCUGGCCACGGAGCGGGAGGACGCAGCCCUGGCGGCCAUCGUCUCGGGGAUCCUGCAGCACAUGUUCAAGCACUCCGAGGGGACCACCUACCUCCUCAUCACCAACGGCGGCCUGGACUUCAUUCUCUUCUGGUGCCGCAGCAACGACGUCACCAUCCUGCGGCACUGCGCCAAUGCCCUUGCCAACUGCGCCAUGCACGGGGGCAAUGCCAACCAGCGGCUGAUGAUCGAGAAGAAGGCUGCCGACUGGCUGUUCCCCCUGGCCUUCUCCAGGGACAAGAUGGUGCAGUUCCACGCCAGCCUGGCCAUCACCGUCCUGGCCACCAACAAGGAGAUCGAGAAGGAGGUGGAGCGGUCAGGGACGCUGGACCUGGUCGAGCCCUUUGUCGCCUCCCUGCAGCCCGAGGAGUUCGUGCAGAGCUGGCUGGACAGCACGGAGAACUCGCAGGGCCGAACGGCCUGUGAGCUGCAGCGCUUGGUGCAGCUGCUUGACAGCUCCCGCGUGGAGGCUCAGUGCAUGGCCACCUUCUACCUGUGCGUGGAGGCAGGCGUGAAGGCCCGGCAGAACAAGACACAGGUGCUGCACGAAGUGGGGGCCCCGCACAGUCUGAAGAGGAUCGUCAGCUACUCCAACUGCGCCACCGUCUCUGCCCUGGCCAAGAAAGCCCUGUGCCUGCUGGGGGAGGACAUCCCGCGCAGACUCUCUCCCACCGUCCCAAACUGGAAGCCCGUCGAGGUGCAGACCUGGCUGCAGCAGGUCGGGUUUGCGGUGUACUGCGAGAAGUUCUGGGACCUGCAAGUUGACGGAGACCUCCUGCUGUUGGUUACUGAUUUGGAAUUAAAGGAGGACCUGGGAAUACAGUCCAGCAUCACUCGCAGAAGAUUUCUUCGGGAACUGAGGGAGUUAAAGACCAACGCCAACUACUCCACCUGUGACCCCAGUAACCUGGCCGACUGGCUGGGCAGCAUCGAUCCGCACUUCCGACAGUAUACCUACAACCUGGUGCACUGCGGGAUUGGGAAGGAGACGUUCUCCCAAGUGACAAAGGAGCAACUGAUCUCGGAUUGUGGGAUCGAGAAUGGAAUUCACCGGGCCCGGAUCUUUGCCGCAGGACAGGGUAAAACGCAAGGCAUUCACUGGGACAUAGAACUGCUGUCCAAUUUGCCCCCCGUUCAGGUUGAGGCCAGAGACGAGAGUCCCGACGUCUUCAUCAGUUACCGCCGGUCUACGGGAUCGCAGCUGGCGAGCCUCCUGAAGGUUCACCUUCAGCUCCGCGGGUUCAGUGUUUUCAUCGACGUGGAGAAGCUGGAGGCCGGGAUGUUCGAGGACAAACUUGUCCAGAGCGUGAAGCGGGCCAAGAACUUUGUGCUGGUGCUGACAGCCAACGCGCUGGACAAGUGUAUGGGGGACCUGGAGUUAAAGGACUGGGUGCACAAGGAGAUCGUCAUCGCCAUGUCAUGCAAGAAGAACAUUGUCCCCCUCAUCGACCAGUUCUCCUGGCCAGACCCCAGCCUGCUCCCGGAGGAUAUGCGAGGCAUUCUCCAGUUCAACGGCGUUCAGUGGGUCCAUGAAUACCAGGAUGCCAGCGUGGAGAAGAUCCUGCGGUUCCUGCACACUGAGAACGAUGGUCCAGCCCCGGCGAACGCCCUGUCUGAGCACCACCCCUAGUGCUGACCUCAGUCCUGUGCCUGUCCUCCUCCUACACAGAAAACCCAUGGACUCCUGCCCGACAUGGCCCCGACCUCGCCCCGAGUGGAGGUCAGCGCUGACCACGGCGUGGAGGAUGGAUGGCCAGGGGACCACUGGGCACCACCGGUCUCACGACGUGGAGGGCAAGGCGUCCCUGAGACCUGUUGGCCAGGGACCUGGCCGCUUGUAGUGAGCGGGGACGGGGGUGUGAGGGGUGUUUCUGCAGCUUGUUUUGGCAGUGAAACCCUCACACCGGUCACCAAAAACCCAGGGAUCAGCUGGGGCAGGCAGCAUGGGUUUCCUCAGGGAGCCGGACACACCCCAGAGACACCUACCCACAUACACCUACCCACACAGAUACCCACAAUAACUCAGACACCCACACACACCUACCUAAACUCACAACUACCCACACUCACACCUACACACCUGCCCAUCCCCACUCAUACCUCACCCACAUGAACACACAAGCACAUAUGUCUGAUGAUUCCCAGCCACACUUAGACAUACAAAUACACACUGACUGACACACACUCACUCAGACACUCACACUCAGGCACUCUCACACUUAAGACAUACCCACAGACACACUCACUCAGGCACUCUCUCUGUCUCUCUCUCUCACACACACACACACACACACACACACACACACACACACACACAGGGAUUCGUGCUCUGCCGCUGGAUCAAUAAUUCACACAGCCUACCUCUUACCCUGCUGUCUCCUCCCUGUCCCCUCCCUCUCCACCCCCAGUAGCCCUGUGUCUCCAGCUGAUCGGUCUACCCCCUCCCCAGCCACAGGGACCCCGCCUCCCCCACUCCUCUACGUGAAGGCUCUCAGUCUUGCUCCAACCCUCAGGAUUUUCAUUCCAGUUCCUCAGGUUCUCCAUUACCCCCUGCUCCUUGGGUGGAUGCCCCACACUCCUGCUUCCUGAUCCCUGUCUCUCUCUCUCCCUCCCAUUCCCUGAUCCCACUCUCCCUCCCUCAUUCCCCUCUCCGAAUCCCAGUCUCUCUCCCUCUUCAGAUUUCUCCUUUUCUUCCCUGUCUCUGGAUCCAGCCUCUCUCCCACUUACCUCCCGAUCUUGGUCUCUCCCUACAACCACACGCUCCCCCUGCCACCUCCGUGACAGACCCACACCCACUGUGCUGGGUGCCAGACCACAGCCUGUCAACCCAGGGUCAGCACAGCCUCUGGCCCUCCGAACUCUGGCACUUACCCAGAUCGUUGCCUAUCGAUCUUCUGUGUCUACUGAUGUUCCUUGUGCCUUUACCUUUCCUCCAGGGGUAACACCAUUGGAUACCCCUCCUGGUUCCCUUCAACCCCCUAGGCCCCCUGGAUGGGUAGGUUAAAGUUGCCCUCUCAAAUAAUGCAAUACAUAUACUGCUGAACUAAUAAAAGCUUUAGGAUGAAAAAAUCUUUGUAGAUUUUAGAAAGAGAUUUUGUCACAGAUCAUUAAACAAUAUUUCCCAUGGAGAGUUGUGAAAGUUUGCCCUUUGCUGUUUAAACCCUUUCAUUGCUGCCACAGUACCUUCAGACACCGGCCUCCUGCUGCUGAUACAACACUGGGUGGCAGUGUGGGCUGCAAGGAGGAGCUUCAGAGCAAUUGAACAGAUUAAGUGGAUAGGCAAUGACAUGGCAGGUGAAAUAUCAUUUGGAAAAAUAAGAGAUCAGCCACACUGGCAGAAAAAAUAGGGAAUUUUUUAAAUGGUGAGGGGUUGACAGAGACCUGAGUGUUUCUGUGCACGUCACUGAAGGUUAACCUGCAGGUCCGGCAAGGGGUGUGGUGUGCUGACGAUCACUGCUAGAGGAUUUGCUCACAAGAGCAGAGAAUUCUUGCUCCAGUUACUGGGAACUGCUGCUCUGAAUAAGCAGGGAAUGGAGGGAUAUGGAUAUUGAACAGGCAGAAGUGAUUUAAUUUAAUUCAGUGUCGUGUUCGGAUGACAUCAUGGGCCAGAGGAGCUGUUCCUGUGCUGUACAGUUGUAACACUGUCCCAGGGAGUCUGCACCUCGGCUAUCGUGCACUGGUCUGGUCUCCCUACCUACAGGAGGACAUGUUCUGUCACAGGGACAGCUCACAAACUCACCAGAUUAAUUCCUGGAACAGUGGGUUUGUUUUAUGUGGAGAGAUUAUGAAGAUCUGGCCUAUACGGUCAUUGAAACAACCAAAAUUCUUAUGGAGCCUUUCAGGAUGGACAGAGGGGUAAGGUGAUUAAAUCCGGGGGUCACAGUCCCAAAGGGGUCAGCUACUCAGGGCAGAGAGGAGAAGGAAUUUCACCCUAACGGGAGUGAAUGUUUGGAAUUCUCCGCCCGAGGGCUGUGGAGACUCAGUCGCUGAGGAUACUCAAGAUGGUUAAUGAUAGAUUUUUAAAUAUUGUGAAUCAAGGGAUAGGGGUUCAGUCGGGUGGUCCUGAGGGAGCAUUGCACGAGAGGGGCAGUACUGAGGGAGCGUCACACUGUGGGAGGGGCGGUACUGAGGGAGCACUUUGAGGAGUUCCCUUGUGGCAGUGCCCGCUGACCAUGCAGCACCCUCCCAUCACUGCCCCACUGACACUGCGGCACUCUCUGACAUUGCAGAAUCGAGUGUGUCAAUGUGCAUUUCACUGAAGGUUCUGGGGAACGACUUAAACCCACGACUUUCUGAUGGAGGCGUGGGAGAGAGAAACUG